AUGGUGAGAGCAGAACGAAAAUAUGUCGACCUCAUCCGGCAGAGUACCUUAGGCCUCUUCGCUAACUGGGAUCCAGAGAACCCAAUCAAGGUCGGAUCGUACGGCCGUUUCGACCUUGAUACAUCACGAUUCACUGUCCUCGGCAACAUCUAUGAUCCAGAAUUCCAAGUCCUACUCGAUGCUGUCCAUGGAAAUUUCAAGAUGUCAGACUAUCCGCCAGAGUUGGAUCCAGUAGAGCAGGAUAUGAUUGUCACCUCCACGGGUGCUAGGAAGCAUCUCUUUGAUCCAGGGCCAAAUGCCAAGAAAGAGAACUUUAAAAGAGCUUCAUUCAAGAUGAAUUUCAAGUUUCUCUCAGGCAAGCGAAGUGCUGUUCUCAUCAUGCACAAGCCCCGUCUGCAACAUAUUCCACGUAAUAAAGUCCUCGACGUGCUAUACAGAAUACCAGAAUUCAAUGGUCUGUUCAUCGUUCCAUCAGUCUACAAGUGCCGCGCAUGGUCCAUCUAUCUGUCAAGUAAACUCGAAGAGAUUGUUUCUAUAGCACUUCUUCCGUCGAAGGUUGGCUUCGACCUUGAGUGGUGGUGCAGCUCGGAUUCGGACUUCCUGCGCCAGGGCACCGACAAGGAUAGCUUCGCUUCACCACUCUUCUCAGGAAAACAAAAACUACCGUUGAUCCGACGUUAUAUGCGUGGUAUGCCUGUACCAGACCCUGAACCAGGCGAUAAAUUCUGGAUAGAUGGAUGUCCAGGUUGGGAGCCCGUUGAUGAGGAUGGUUAUGAUGAUCCUAUAUGGGAAGAGGUAAUUUUCGAUUUCUCCUUGGUUUCGGAAAUCCUCACUUGGUGUUAUUCCCGCAGGAUUAUGAGCCGAAUGUCGCGAGAGUGUGGCGACGCAUCAUGUGUAAAUCUUCCACGCAGUGGUGAAUAA